ACCUGCUUCACACGGCUGCUUCUUCGUUUUUUCCUUUCUCUCUUCUUUCUUUCCAUCGUUGACCGCGAUGACAGCCCCACCUGCGGUAUCACCCUCUCUCCGAAGUAACGUACGAGGUCGUCUCUGCUAGUUAGUGGAAACCGCUUUCCAAGUAGAGAGAGCCUGUUAACCUACUCGGAUUCCAGUACAUUCACCGCAUUCGAUUCUUCACGUUGUGCAGUGCGCGAGUGUGCUUUUGAUGCAAAGACUUUACAGACGUCGCAUUCGAAAAUUUGGGCAACUUCGAUCUUGAAUACCGAUAAACGUAUCUGAUAGUCGUAGAAUUGAAUAUUCAUAUUAAAGUUUUGCAUUGGAAUCCUCUCUGGAUCUCAGAAUUUAGAAACUCAAAACUGAUCUGAGAAGAUGAAGGGAUGGUUUGAUGCUUUUCGCAAUGAUGGCGGUCCGACACUUUAUAGCUACAGCAAUCGAACUCCCGUCACAGGUGACGUUCCUCUUCUCAUUAUAUUCGUAAUAUUCGGCACUCUAUUCACAGCAUUUCUAGUCAUAUUUCCGGGUGUCAGGAAAGAGCGGUUAACUACAUUUCUCACGGUUACCCUAAGUCUUUUCGUGGGUGCGACAAUUCAAGUGGCGCAAUAUGGUUCAUCCUGGCAUACGAGUUCCGCUAGCAUUGUCAGUUCUUAUAGCGCUUUCUCUAAGCAAAAGACGAUGGCCGACAUCGGUGGUUACAUCGGUUUAAUGCAUAUUAAUAUAACGUACAAGUUAUUGCCGGGAAACAAAGAAUCCGGCGAUGUUGAAUAUAACGAACGGUUUUGGUGGCGAAGUUCCAAUGAAAUGACUAGUUCUUUCAAGCAGGCUCUUUAUCAAGGUGCACCAUUUCCUAUCGUGUCUUUGGCGGAAUAUUUCAGUCUUCAUCAAGAAGGUUUUUCUUGGGGCGGUAGUUAUCGUGCAGCAGGAUAUUACGCUUCAAUAAUGUUAUGGACUUCCUUUGCUUCGUGGAUGAUGAUGAAUUUGUUACUUAUGGUAGUACCACGAUAUGGAGCUUAUAGUAUGAUUUUUACGGGCCUGUGUAUGUUAUUAACAAAUUUAAUUUACACGACACUUCUACCUGAGCCUUUGAUAGCUCAUGUAGAAGGAUCAAUUCUCUCUUUCGAAUUCGGUUGGAAUUAUUGGUUGGUGCUAUUAGCUGGUACUGCGUGUCUUCUAGCAGGAUUUAUAAUAACAGCUAUCGAUUUAAUUUUUCCCCAUCAAUUCUCGACUAUACUCGAAGUUGAUUACGAUACACCGUAUGACAGACAUGUUAUCAUAGAGGAAAGUUUUGAUACACGCAACAUUAAACGAAAAGUUCCUAACAUCGAAGAUUCGUUUGGCGAUCGAAUAAUGAGCCAGUUGUCGUCUAAAUUUCAAAAUAGACGCUCUGCAAAAGAGGAUUUCGAAGGUGUCGUUAAUCGAGGAUAUAUGUCGCACGAAUUAUCCGAAUUUCCUCAAGAAAUUAGUGAUGGAGUUAACAAGAGUAACUGGUCGUAUCCAUUUCCACCAGUUGCACGUAGAACUAUUAAUGGGUAAUCCAUCGCUAAAUAUGAUGGAUAGCCAUGUUUAUUGAAUUUUUACAACGUCAUUAAAUAUUUCAAUAUGUA